ACUGCACUGCUCCCUUGGUCCUCCAACAAGAAAGGAACAUAGACCAACACAAGGAGGAUAGACCUCGAUCCGCACACCUCACGCCUGAAGGCCAGAUCUGGCCUUCUUCUUCCUCUCGCCCAAGGACAAGGAUUGCCUAACAUCAAACAACAAGAACCAAAGAAAACACAGCAAGAGCAUCGUCGCUCUCUUAAGCAAAACAACGCGCACCACGCACGCCGGCCACUUGCACAGCACGCACGCACGUAGCAGGACGGACGCGCGCAUCGGUCGGUGCAUGGGGCUCCUGGACCAGCUAUGGGACGACACGGUGGCCGGGCCGCGCCCGGACUCCGGCCUCGGCAAGCUCCGCAAGUACGCCUCCUUCUCCCCCUCGUCGUCAUCCGCGGCCGCCGUGCCGCCGUCGCCGACCGCAGAGGGAGCGGCGGCGGCGGGCUCCGGCUCCGGCUCCGGCUCCGCGACGCCCGCCGUGACGCGGAGCAUCACCAUGCUGCGGCCCGCGGCGCUGUCCGUCAUCACCUCGCCGCGCAGCGAGUCCAGCUCCGCGCCGUCGUCGCCGUCGCCGGCCAGCGGCGGCGCUCCGGACUCGCCCUUCGGCGCAGCGACGACGCCCAAGGGAGAGGGCUGGAAGAAGCUGCGCCGGAAAGGCAGGAUGGCCAACGGCGGCGACGCCCCCGGCACGCCGAGGAGCCCCACCGUCUACGACUGGUGAGUACUUCGGUGGUGAUCAGUUCGCUGGACCGCUGAAGCGGCCGGGCCCAAGGCCAACCUGCCCAAGAUGAGAACUCCGACAGCCACAAGGAGACCAUCAACAGCUAGCGAACUGCAACGAGGAUCAGAACAGAGGGACCUCUUUUCAGAGCUUCUGGUGACGGUUCUGUUAUAGUGUAUACGUUAAUUAACGGUGUAUAUAUGUCAUCUUCCUGUAAAUCUCCGUGUGAGUGAGCUGCUGGCCUGCUGCUGAUUUUGUAAGCUAAAGCUACUACUACUCCGUACUACGCUGGGCAUCAGCUCGUGCAUGUCACCGUACUCGUGUACAUGUCGUGAAGGGGGAGGCGGGCAACACAACACAAGCAGCAACAGUAGUGUUGAAGAGAGUACUGAUACUCCUACUCCGUAGUACUUAUGUGGCUAUGUACACUAAUCCUGUUGGCUGUUGCUGUACGAGUGACUAGACGCAGCCUCCCCUGCUUCCUAGUAGUCUGUAGCACAGGGUACUCCUCCGUAUGGUUUCUGCUGCUGUGUAUAAUGUAAAAUGUAUAAUAAUCCUACUACGCGCGCAACAAUAAUGCGUGGUUUUGGCAACA